AUGAAUAAAGAAUGGUGGGAUUUUAAGAAAAAGGAAUCCGAGGAAGUGAUUAUGCCAGUGCCUCAGAAGCAAACAACGGGUGUUUGGAAGCCUCGCUGCCUUUUGCAGAAUGCCGUCAACAGAACUGCUGGUGGUGUACCAAACAUCAAUGACCAGGAAAUGUUCCCGACUUUUGAGGAUGCCAAGAAAAUUGAAAAACUGAGAAAAGAUGACGAGAAAAAACGACGAAAUGAUGGUUUUACGACAGUGACUUCUGACAGGGACCCAUCGGGUGCUCGAGCAGGCCGAGGAAUUACCACCAACGCAUGGCAACGUGCCGGUGCUGCAAAUCCGUCAGCGGCAACAACUCUUGAUCGUGCAGCACUCUUCACGACUGUUAAACAAGUUACAUCAAGCGGUGCUCCAAAUCCGACGCCACCAGCGGCACCCACGCAAGCAAGAAUUCAGCCACAGCCACUCCAAACGAAGAACCCAAAUGCGUAUGUUCCUCCUUCACGACGACGUGCUCAAGCAAAUGCCACAAAAGAA